AUGAGCUCGUUGAUAGGUUUUCGCGCCGACCGCGGUUUCCCGCCGCCCCGUGGCCUAAUUACCGCCGCCUCGCGAUACGUCACAUCGGUAAUUCAAAAAAAUCCACCCGUCCCGCUCCCACGCGUGGACGCGGCCCGGCGGCGUCCCGCUCGCGCGAGCAUUUUUAUAAAAACGCAGAGAUCAACCGCGGCCGUCCCGUUCGUUCCCGCUGCGGCUCCGCGCCGCCCGCACCCUUCGUCUCCUUCCCGCUUUUUACGAGACGUAGGGGCCGCCACCCGGUGGGGGCGGCGACCGCGCGAACGCAAAAUAUUGACCAUCGGAAAAAGUCGCGUCGUAUCGCAGUCAUCAGUCGAAACUGAGGGCCCGCGUGUAAGCGUACUUUGGCGCGACUUCGGUGCGUGUCGUGCGUCUUCGGCCUGCGGUCCCGGUGGGUCGCCCGUUUAUUUUUCAACCCCACCCGGCGUCUUGCCCGUGCCCAACAAGUGGUGA